CAGUGACGGGUGGCGCUAGCGUUGUCCCACCUGCCAGACGUCAAACCCAGCUGAGUGUUUUUAUUUUUUUGUGCACCAGGUGUAAUAAAAUUACACAACGUGGUCAAAUUUUGUUCCGCUGGAAGCAACAAAAAAUAAAAACUUGCCGUUUUCAAAAUGAAAACUCGGUUCAACACCUUCGAUAUUAUUUGCACCGUCACAGAACUCCAAAAAUGUGUCGGAAUGCGAGUGAACAACGUCUACGAUAUUGACAAUAAGACUUACCUGAUAAGACUCCAAAGAAGUGAAGAAAAAGCGGUAAUUCUGCUAGAAUCAGGCAAUAGGUUUCACGAAACCGGCUUUGAAUGGCCCAAAAAUGUCGCCCCUUCGGGGUUCAGCAUGAAAUUAAGAAAGCACUUGAAAAAUAAACGCUUGGAGAGUUUGGCUCAACUGGGCACAGACAGAAUUGUCGAUUUCCAAUUUGGUUCAGGCGAAGCUGCGUAUCAUGUUAUUCUAGAGCUGUACGAUAAAGGCAAUAUCAUCUUGACUGAUUUCGAAUUCACGAUAUUAAAUGUCCUGCGACCGCAUACUGAAGGCGACAGGUUUAAGUUUGUGGUCAGGGAAAAGUACCCUCAGGAUAGGGCUAGGCAGAGCAGUUUAAUCACAAGAGAUGAGCUGGUUCAACUUUUAAAGGCUGCGAAAAACGGAGAUCAAUUGAAAAAAGUGCUCGUUCCGAAUUUAGAAUAUGGCCCUCCUCUCAUCGAGCAUGUGUUACUUAAACAAGGUUUUUCAAAUAGCACCAAAAUCGGAAAAACAUUUAAUAUCGAAAGUGAUGUCGAUAAGGUUCUCUGCGCUCUUGAAGAAGCCGAAAAUCUUUUCUCAGAGGCCAAAAAAACGGGUUUUAAGGGUUACAUAAUUCAAAAAAAGGAAGAAAGGGUAGUGAGUGCUGAUAACUCUGAGAAAGAAUAUUAUUACUCAAAUCAGGAAUUUCAUCCAGUUCUGUACGAACAACAUAAAUCGUCAAUUUCCAAAGAAUUUCCCUCGUUUAACUCAGCCGUUGAUGAGUUUUUCUCAUCUUUGGAAAGCCAAAAACUUGAAUUGAAAGCUUUACAACAAGAACGGGAAGCUCUGAAGAAAUUAGAAAAUGUGAAGAAGGAUCACAGUCAGAGAUUACUUGCUCUAGAAAAAACACAAGAAAUUGACAAACAGAAAGCUGAGCUCAUUACGAGAAAUCAGGAGCUUGUUGAUAAGGCUAUUCUGGCGGUCCAGACGGCUUUAGCCACUCAGAUUUCGUGGUCUGACUUGGCCGAUUUGAUCAAAGAAGCUGCCUCACAAGGCGACGAAAUCGCCCAGCGUAUCAAAGAAUUAAAGCUGGAAACUAACCACAUUAGCCUGUAUCUUACUGACCCUUACGCUGAAGAUGAUAGUGAGUCAGACGACGAAGAUAAUGACGAUAAAAUACCACCCAUGGUGGUAGAUGUGGACUUGGAUUUAUCGGCUUUUGCUAACGGGAGACGAUAUUAUGACCAAAAGCGAAAUGCGGCUAAAAAACAACAAAAAACAAUAGAAUCGCAAAGCAAAGCGUUCAAGUCAGCUGAAAAGAAAACCAAACAAACUUUGAAAGACGUCCAAACAAUCACAAAUAUUAAUAAAGCUCGUAAAGUGUACUGGUUUGAGAAAUUCUUCUGGUUUAUAAGCUCGGAAAAUUACUUGGUUAUAGCUGGGCGAGACCAGCAACAAAACGAGUUGAUUGUCAAACGCUACAUGAAAUCGACCGAUGUCUAUGUGCAUGCUGAUGUCCAUGGUGCUAGUAGUGUUGUUAUAAAAAACCCUUCAGGUCAAGCAGUGCCGCCUAAAACCUUGAACGAGGCUGGAACUAUGGCUAUUUGUUACAGUGUUGCUUGGGACGCAAAAGUCGUAACUAACGCCUACUGGGUCUGGGGGGAGCAAGUCAGUAAGACAGCUCCAACCGGAGAGUAUUUAAGUACCGGUAGUUUCAUGAUUAGGGGCAAGAAAAAUUUCCUCCCCCUAUCACACUUGAUCCUAGGUCUAAGCUUUUUGUUUAAAUUGGAAGAAAGUUGCAUUGAGAAACACAAGGAUGAAAGAAGAGUCAUAGCGCCAGGCGAAGAAGAUUUUGUAGAAACUGUUGAGAGCGAGAAUAAGGAUGAGGUGGAAGUUGAGGUGCUUGAUGAAAGCGAUGAGGAAAACAAGGAGGAAGUGAAAAGUGCAGCAGAUAAGGAAAUUGAAAAUGAAGAAAACAGUAGCUCCUCCGAGGAUGAGGAAAGUUCAAAAUUUCCCGACACUCAAAUCAAGAUCCAACAUUUUGAAGGAACGAAAAUCAACAUUUUGACAGAGCCUGUGAUAAGAAAUGAUGAAACGGAUGAGAACGAAACUGUUGUGUAUUUAGGAGAUAAUAAACCGGUUGUGGUUAAACCGAAUCAAAGGUCGAGAAAUACCAGUGAAUCGAAAACCAAACAACCGAAAAAUGAUGCGAAAAAUGAACGUAAAGAAGAAACGAAUAAUAAGCAAACGAAACGGGGACAGAAAAGCAAACUGAAGAAAAUCAAGGAAAAGUAUAAAGAUCAGGACGAGGAAGAGCGCAAAUUACGUAUGGAAAUCCUCCAAUCGGCUGGGUCACAAAAAGAAUCAAAGAAAAAUAAGAAAAACAAAAAUACAAACAAAGCCAAAAAACCGGAACAACCCAAAAUAAUCAAAGAAAGAAUACUGCCAGUGCAAAAGUCCGAAAUGAUCGAUGAUGGAGGGGCCGAAGAUGAGGAACCAGUGGUUCAGGCUGAGCUUGAUAUGAUUAACUCUCUGACAGGUGUCCCUUUUGCCGAUGAUGAAUUGCUAUUCGCAGUACCUGUGGUGGCCCCUUAUAAUGCUUUGACGAAUUAUAAAUUUAAGAUCAAGAUAACCCCUGGAACCAGUCGAAGGGGCAAAGCCGCGCGCACCGCAGUCAACAUGUUCCUCAAAGACCGGAGUAUAACCCCCCGCGAGAAGGACCUCCUCAAGGCCGUCAAAGACGAGCAACUUCCACGAAACCUGCCCGGAAAAGUGAAACUUUCCGCACCCAAACUUCAAACUCUUCGGAAGUAAUUUAUAUUUUUAAAAUUUCAAAGUUUAAUAUAACUUUAAUUAUU